CAGCCGUGCAGUUCAAUAAAUGGCUUCUAAGUUUGCUUCUUCUCUCUCUUCUUCUGUACCAGUAGCAAAUCAACUGACAAUUACUGAUCUACCUGAAGUGCUUCAAUUACUCAGAAGACAUGGUUACUCAGGAGUCAGUUAUAAUCUUGGUCUUUAUCUUGGUCUAUCCUCUACUACACUGGAUGCUAUUAGAAGGAAUAGUAAAGAAGAUUCUGAGAGAUGUCUACGUCAGUGUCUUACUAAAUGGCUACAGAAAGCUGAUAAUGUACAGAAGACUAAAAGUGGUCCCAGUAUCUAUUCAUUGGUAUCAGCAUUGAGGAAAUUAGGAGAGAAUGGAGUAGCUGAUAGAAUAGAUAUGGAGAUUCAUCCUGCUUGUAGAAUUUUUGCUCGUUAUACCUUAAACCAAUCUCUACUUUCUGUAUUACCUCAGCUGGUUACAGAAUUGUGUGGAGCAGAACUUAUACAAGAGAGUAUCGCCCCACAAUAUGAACAAGGAGAAGAACUACUGGGUGAAAUAAAGGCAGCUGUCUGUAAAGAUUAUAAAAAAAUUGAGGCAUUUGCUAAUAUUUUAUGUAAAUUUACAGCCACUGCUGAUAUAGGAAGUGCUAUCAUGAGAGACUACAGUAAGUACAUGUAUUAUAACAUAUACCAGUAACUAAUGAUU